UACAGCACCUGAAUCGCUUUGUUUACAUUAGUGAUCUAGGGUGAUGUGCUGUUUGUUGCAGCGCGGCUGAGCUGUUAAAAAUGGAGGAUGAAGGCCAGCUGCGGCCUUUCAUGUUCCUAAUGACAUAUCUGCUGAUGAAGCGCAGGAGAGACAUCAACAACGCAGCCGUUCAGAGGCGCAACGAGAUCCAGAGACGCAUCAGACAUCGUCAGUACUUCUUCCAGAGACAGAGGAGGAUGAUGAUGAUGAUGCUAGCUGGAGGCAUCCGCUCCAACAUCCGCAUCCGCACUCGUCCCUGGACGACCACUGCAAGCACUGACUGGUGGGAGCGGGUGGUGAUGACAGAAUUCAAGCCUUCUGAUUGGUUGGAUAAGUUCCGAAUGAGCCGGGAGACGUUCUUCUACCUGUGUGAGAAGCUCAGGCCUCGCCUGGCCCGUCAGGACACCAGCUUCCGCCUGGCGCUGCCGCUGGAGAAACGUGUAGCGGUGGCUCUGUGGCGUCUGGCGUCCAACAUCGAAUACCGCACCAUCAGCAGCCUGUUUGGCGUUGGCAAGUCCACUGUGUGCAGGUGUGUCAGAGACAUGUGUCACGCCAUUGUGGCGCUCCUCAGCUCCACUUAUCUGCGCCCCCCCAGUGAGCAGGAGCUGGAGGAUUCAGCCCAGCUCUUUCUCUCCAGCUGGGGCUUUCCUCAUUGUGUUGCUGCCAUAGCAACACUCCACACAGCUAUCAUCACCCCAUCAAACAAUGCGUCUGACUAUGCCAACCCUGCAGGCUGGCUAUCUGUGAUGUCACAGGUGGCUGUCAAUGGGCGGGGGCAGUUCUGGGAUGUCUGUGCAAGUUUCCCAGGUGGUACGGAUCCAAGUGACAUCUUACAGAACUCAUCACUGUGGGCUACGGCAUCAGAGGGCGGACUGUCACCUGCCACUCCGCCUGUCUUCAUGGGAAAGCCGCUUAGGUAUGUGCUGCUGGGGGAGGCCUGCUACCCUCUCCAGAGCUGGCUGAUGAAGGCCUAUCCUGAGGAAAAAGGUCGGAGAGCUCACCACACAACACUCACGGAGCAACAGCGGCUCUUUAAUCAGCAGCUCACCACAGCGCUGCGGGUGUCUGAGGCGGCACUACUGAGGCUGAGGGCACGCUGGCAGUGUCUGAGCAAGAGGAACGACUGCGGUCUGGACUUAGUGCCUACAAUGAUCCUCGCCUGCUGCAUCCUGCACAAUGUGUGCGAGUCCCAUGGAGACGCCUUCAAAGCAGAGUGGCAGGUUGAGGUUGCUUCGACCGAGAGUCCUCAGCCCAGACACAAGCAGCUACUCCCAACAAGUGUGGAUGAAAGUCCUGCUGAGGAGGCUCGUCAACUAUUCUGUAGUUUUUUUGAACAACUGAAUACAUGAAAAACUUCCUUCUGUCAUAGACUGACAUUUAAUUCUUUGUAAAAAAAAAAAAAAAAAACAAUGGUGUACGCCAUCUUUUAGGCAUACUGUUGCACUUCAUAGAAGGUAAUUUUUAUCCAUGUGGAACUUCACAAGUAUAGUGGUCGCCAUCAUGUAUAUUUAUGCUAAGUGUUAACAGGAAAGUGGAAGUUUGGAUUUUUUAUCAUUGAUCUCCUAAAUGAGCCUUAUGCAGGUUCUCUUUUGGAAGGUCUACUCCUGAAAUUUUCCUGAGUUGCUUUUUCACACUUCUCCCUGACAGAGGGAAGUUUUCCCUGCCAGAACAGAGGGAUGAUGGAGGACAAAACUUACAAGUGGGUUAGCAGAGAGAUGUCAUAGUUUCAACAAAAGAGCUAGAUUAGAAUAUCAUAUUUUAUUCAAAAAGUUAAACCUUCAUAUACUCUAGAUUCAUCAUAUACUAAGUGAAUUAUUUCAAGACUUUUAUUGGUCACAAAACAAAACAGCGUGAUAUCAGAAUACGAGAAUAUUGUGGAAAAGUCUUAUAUCUUGUCAGUUAUUGCAGUCCUGAGAAUACCUCUAAUCAGCUAACUAACUCAAAACUCCUGCAGAAGUGUCCCGAGCCUUUAUUCUAUCGCUCUAGUUCAGUACACACAACCACAGUCAUGGGGAAGACUGCUCAUCAGUUGUCCAGAAGACAAUCAUUGACAACCUCUACAAGGAGGAUAAGCCACAGAGGGUCACUAAUGCGGACUGUUCUCAGAGUGCUAUAUCAAAGCAGAUUCAUGGAAAGUCAACUGGAAGGGAAAGAUGUGGUUAGAGAGUGACUUUUCUUGAAUAUUUCCACUGCUUUUUCACAUCAGCUCAUCCUGACUUUACACAGUAAAUGUACAUUGGAGCUGGCAGAAAAAAAAUCUAGAUUCAAAAAAUUAGCUGGUUGCAGCUGACCAAGAAAAAUUCUGGAAUUAAGAGUUUUUUGAACAUUUAAAAAGGGUUUAAGACUGACAGAAAAGAGCUUAAAAUUUGGCCUAAAUUUGUUAAACCAGAAGUGAGAUGUUCAAAAGCCUAGUCUGAAUGACCUUAAAAGGCCAUCCAGACAAUGAUUAGCAAUAUUAAUGACUUUUAUGUAGCUUUUUUAAUGCUUAAAAGUACUGCUAUGGGAUAGUUAAACCAUGUGAUUAAUCUAGUGCUGUCAGUUGUUUAUAAAAAAAUACAAAAUAUCAUGGCUUUGAAAUUUAUUGCAGUUAAUUGCAUGUGUUGAUAAUUUGAGAAAGAUUGCAUUACUGGUAGAUUUUAAGAUAAUGGUAACAAAAAAUCAUAAGGACAUACUUCUGAAUGGUAUCAAAACUCUCUACUUGCUUUUCAGACAGGAGUAGUUGAGACCAAGGGCAUAUUGUCCACGUACUAGUUAAUCUAGGUUGGUGUUAAUCUGUAUAAUAUGGAUUUCCAUCCACAAAAAUUAAAAGCAUAGAGAAUUUUUACAUUUGUUUGAAUUUGAUUCACAAAGAUACUUUAGCCAUUCGUGUGAUGGCAUCAGAGUGUGAUUAAUCAGCUUACAGUUUUGAUUUUUUUACCCCUGUGAUUGAUUGUCAUAAUUGUACAUUUCAACAGCACUAGAUUAAUUGCAUUCAGCAGAAGCAAUAUUUCCCCCACGUUUUAAAGCAAAUAUUCAAACAUUGAUAAAUUUGACUCAAAUAAGACUCUAGUCUAAAAACUUACAUGUAAAGAAAAAAAUUGCAAAAUAUUUGUUCAUGGGUGUUGCAAAAAAUGACACAAAUUGAAAGACAAUUUUAAUUGUUUUGUAUGCUGUUUAAAAUGUAUUUCAUGAUGUCCAUCUGCCAAUAAAGUCAGCUUACGACUCUACUGUUAAAAUUAUAUAAAUAAAUAUUUUUUCCUA